UGACUUUUCAAUUAAAUAAUAAGCGGGAAGAUGUAUGACAACAGAAGAAGUUAGUGAGUAGUUGAUUUAUUUUGAUGCGAUAUGAUUCUUUGUGGAAGUAUAAAGGAUAGUUUUGGAAAAAAACCAACAAAACUCACCGUGACCUUAUACAUACUGAAUUGAGAUUACUUUUCGUCUAUGGCUAUUAAUUGAAUAUGUGAUAACUCUCCUCCUAGUUUCAUUUCUCUAUCCACAAAAAUCAGAAUGGAUUUACUUGAAGAACCAGAAACCAAAAAGACCUACGAAAAAUGCAAAUACAUCGUAAAAGUUUGGGAACAUAAAUUCGUUAAAAAACAUAGAAGGGUGCCAUCAAAGCUUGAUAUAAGAGAUGCACCCAAAGAGGUACGACACGCUUAUAGAAAAUAUUUUCAGUUGAAAACAGCUGCUUUAGAACAAAGUUUCAUGGAUGUUGAUGGAUUUGAUGAAGAAGAUGAGAAUACUGUCAAAAAUUCCACUGAUUCAGAGUUCGAUAAAAAUAAUGUGAAAGAAGAUCUAUUAGGUUUUACAGGUAGAGUUGAAAAGCAGUUGAAAGAUGAGGGAGUUCCAAGGGACCUUCAAUGUCCUACUAAAACCUGUGAUAGUAAAAUAUCUGAAAAUAAUUUGAUUCAAGUGCCCGAGGAAGUAUGGGGAGCUCAUUUGAAUCAUAAACAGAAGGGAGGAAAAAAAUCCGUAGAAAAUGUUGAACAAAAUACAAAUUUGAAAAUAACAAAAAAGCUUUUUUGUGGUUCAAAAUUUGUUAAAAGGAAUCCCAGGAAAUCACUGUCAUUUUCCCAAAAGAAUAAAAGUGAAACAAAAUCUGAAAGUCAAGAUUUAUGUACACAGCCCGCAUCAGUACUUACCUCAUUUUCAUCAUUUAAUUCUGAAGAAGCGUUAUUUUCCUCACAAAAUGAGGAAUCAAAUAGUAAUUUUAAAUUCAUACAUCAUUCUGAAAAGGUUUCGUCUCAACCAGUCAAUAUAAUAACAAGUGUUUUAGAAAAUAACUCUCGAAAACCUCUGAAGUCUGUUGAUGAAGGUUGGUUAAAAAGAAUAAUUCAGAAAACUGGAGCAUCACUUGAAAACCCGGAUUUAUCCUUAUCUCAGCCAUUUGAAAUUUCAAGUUCCAUCGAGCACGUGGGAACUGAAACAACAAAACUAGAUUAUGAUAGUGAAGAUAUAAUUGAAGAAUCAGAUGAUGAAACUCCACUGAAACAUAAUACUUCACUUCAUAUAUCUAAGAAAAAGAAAAUCGAUUUAACAAAUAAUAUGUUAGUUGAAAGAGUUGGUACAAAUAGCAAAAAACUUGAUGUAAAUGCUACUUCAAAUAAUUCAGCGGAAAGAAGCAAUGACAUUAUUUCAACUGAGACCAGGCAAGUUUUUGCCAAAACAAUAUUGUCUGGUGAACAAACCAAAGCUGACGAUGAAAUUUUUUUCCAAAAAAGAUCUUCAUUGAAUGAAAUUGUCUCUGUAGAAAAUGCAGAAGGUUAUCCUUUAUCCGAUAAAUCCAGUCUUCGAAUCAACCUACAUAAAUUCGAUGCAAAACAUUCUGCAGAACAAAAUGUACUGACAAAAUCAGCAAAGAAAAUUAAUUCAGUAUCCCAAAAAAGUUCUUCAUCUAAAAACAAACAAAGCCAAAGAAAAACUAUUCCUAGAAAAAAACAAAUCAAACAAUUGAAUCCUGCGAAGCUGGAGAAUGAAACUAUUGAAUCAGAACAUUCACCUAGAAGAUCUUCCAGAAAAACCAAAGUCAAAAUUAGUUUACAGGAAUUCCCCAGUGAUGAGGAUCCGUUCCAUACUGAUAAUGAUGAGAAAGAUCCUGAAUUCAGCUUGAAUGAGGAUGAGAAGAAGUGCACGUAUAAUUUUGAGGAACCCAUUCCCUUAGAGAAAGUUCAAAAAGAUGGGGUUUCUGUCAAAGGUAGGAGAGUGAGAAAGGAAAAGUUGAAAGAUAGUCGCGCAGAAGAGGACGGCGAUGAUAUAAACUCGUAUGAUUUAGAAUUUUCAGUUAAACCUCGCGUUGUUGUUCCUAGAUUCAGCAGUAUAAGGAAAGUAAUUACUGAAGCAAAAAUUGCAUCCAAAGCAGUUUCAAAGAAAUCCAAGGGGGAUAAAAUAGUAGAUGAUUUGGCUUCAGUAAAAGAUAAGACCGAACAAGCAAAAACCAUUUUGGAGAAGAAAAUUACUUCAGGAAACCUAAAUGAAAAUUUUGUUCGUAUAAAUAUAAAGAAGAAGGUGUUUGUCCGUGGUAAGAGUGGAAGAAGCUUCACCAAAUUCAAGAAAUCUCAGUGGAAAAAAAACAAAGCCAAAUCACUCUCUGGACCUGAUAUGGAUAUGGGAGGGUGUGAUGGUGGUAUGCUGACUUGUUACAAAUGUGGGCAAACUGGUCAUUUUGCCAGAAACUGUGAAGCUACUAAAGGCGAUGAGCUUUUGCCUCUAUCUGUCGAAAAUGAGGAACAUUGUCCUUAUCCGACUUUGGAGGAAGCAUCACAAAUGGCCAAAAAUAGCUUUCUUAGUGUUAGAAUACCCAAAGUUACUUCAAAAGAAAAAUACAAUUCUGGUAAUGGAGACAUAAAUGAUGAUUCUUUAGGAAAUAUUCAAGAAACUGAAAAUGAUCAUGAUAUUUUCGAUGAUGAAAAUUCAGAGGAAUUACUUAUGGAAGCACUUCGAUUAGAGGAACAUGUGAAGAAAUUGGAUGUGCAGAUGUACAUGGAUAAAGUGAAAGUCGUUGAACCUUAUUUCAAGUUAAAGGAUGACGGCAGUAUCAUAGAUACACCUCCAGAAGUUUUUGCCUGUUUAAAAAAGUUUGGUCAUAGCUCGUUCCGACCUGGUCAGGAACAAGCCAUAAUGAGAAUCCUUUCUGGAAAAUCGACUCUAGUCACUCUUAGUACAGGUUCAGGAAAAAGCUUGUGUUACCAGUUGCCGGCAUAUAUGUAUUCACAAAGAGAACCUUGCAUUUCCUUGAUAAUUUCACCUUUAGUUUCAUUGAUGGAUGAUCAAAUAACAGGUAUUGCAAAAUUCAUGAAAGCUGCUUGUCUGCAUUCGAAUCAGACAAAGCCACAAAGACAGAAGAUUCUUGAGGCUAUAUCUUUGGGAGAGUUAAGUGUGCUGUUGGUCUCACCUGAGGCAGUGGUUGCAGGUGAAAAACAAACAGGGUUUGGAUCUUUCUUGCGAAAACUUCCUCCUAUAGCAUUUGCAUGUAUUGACGAAGCUCACUGUGUUUCGCAGUGGUCGCACAAUUUCCGCCCUAGCUACCUCAUGAUAUGUAGAGUUCUGAGAGAAAGUCUAGGAGUAAAAAGUAUUCUUGGUUUAACAGCUACUGCAACAAAAGCCACUCGUGACAGUAUCAUAAAACAUUUUGAAGUACCCGACGGCGAGGCGGGUGUCAUAACAGAUACUCCUUUACCGGACAAUCUUAUACUGACUGUUUCUAAGGAUGCUGCCCGUGAAAACGCUCUGCUAGGGCUUCUGAUGUCUGAUAGAUUCGCGUCUUGUAAAAGUGUGAUAGUAUAUUGUACUACAAGAAACGAGUGUGAAAGAAUCGCCACAUUUUUAAGAACUAGUUUGAAAAGCGAGCAGCCGGUUCAAGAAGGGAAUAAAAAACGCAAGCGACUCAGUCUUGCGGCGGAGCCGUAUCAUGCUGGUCUUGCAGCGAGUCGUAGAAAGGCUAUUCAGAAUGCAUUUAUGACUGGGGAGCUCAGAAUAGUAGUGGCAACAGUAGCAUUUGGGAUGGGUAUUAAUAAGUCUGAUAUAAGAGCUGUGAUACAUUAUAAUAUGCCUAGUAGCUUCGAGAGCUAUGUUCAAGAAGUUGGUAGAGCUGGAAGGGAUGGUCUGGAUGCACAUUGCCAUGUAUUUUUGGAUUCGCAGAGAAGAGAUGAAAAUGAACUAAGAAGGCAUAUAUAUUCCAACUCCAUUGACCGUUAUGUGAUAAGAAAGUUAUUGCAAAAAGUCUUCGUUCCAUGUUCUUGUACUGGCCAGUGUCCCAAACACGAAGUGGCUUUCUCCAUCAAGGCAACAGAGGAAGCUCUGGAUGUCCCAGAAGAAAAUAUCUCAACAUUGCUGUGUUACCUACAACUGCACGAUAAUAAAUACAUCGAAGUGGCUAGUCCUGCUUAUACAACCUGCAAAAUAAUGUCCUGUGGUGGGUCAAUGCAAAUUAGAAAAGCAGCUAAGGAAUGUCCUCCUUUAGCGAUGGCACUCGCUUUAUACAAACCCGAUGAUGGGAAAGACCAGAAUGUGUUAGAGUUUCCUGUUGUGGACGUGGCAGCUGCGAUGGGUUGGGAAAGCGGGAUUUGUAAAUAUAAGCUGAAAAACUUGGAAUGGAUAACAGUCAAUAAUCAGCAGAAAAGGUCAACAAUCAGCGUCCAGUUCUCGGAUUUAGGUUUUCGACUUUUUGCACCAGGAAAUCUUUCUGAAAAUCAGUUAGACGAAGCGUUAGAUAGUUUGUAUCAAAGGGUAGUUGAUCAAGAACACAAAGCUCUUCUACAACUCAAUGCCAUUCACGAAACGUUGUGCAAAGUUGCCAAGUCUUCCUAUAAAGACUGUUUGUCUGAAUACGGUGAUGACCAAAUCAAGCUCAAAGUCAGGGAAUAUUUUAAUUCACCUGAUCCACUGAAAUUCGUUUCCGAAGAAAAACCUAGAAAGUUCAAUGAGGAACAACUCGUGGCUGAUAUCCAUGCACUCAUAUGUAUGUACAAAGAUAAUUCUUUCAAUGGAAGGGCCAUUGCUCGCAUCUUUCAAGGUAUUCAAAGUCCUAAUUAUCCAGCUGUGAUUUGGUAUAGAUGUAAAUUUUGGAGGAGUCAUGUUGAUGUGGACUUUCAUGUGAUAGUUAAAAUUGCUACAAGAGAAAUCAUCAAGAUGAGGUGAAGAGUUUUUAAAUGUUUUUAAUUUUAUUCAUGUAAAAGUUAUUUUAUUU